CCAGAAAGUGCAGCGGCCACAGGACGUGAUAUCUUCUAACGCUGUUUGUCAACUGAUGUUCGGUCGCAAAAUGUGAUUGUAAGGUACAGUGAGUGGUGCACACUGUAAUAAUAUUAUCAAUAGCCUAUCAGCUCGGAUAUGGAUGAAGUUCGACGUGUUGACAGGACCUGCCCAUCUGGGAGAGGAUGCAACAGUUCCAUUACGAGGGAAAUACGUUACAAAUGAGGACAUUAGCUGUCUAUCAAAUGAAGAGCAAGCAGUUGGAAACCAGUGCAUGCUUCAGGUUCUAUCACAACACAGCGUGCCUUCAUGUUGCAUUUGUGCACGCAGUGCUUCGCCACCCACAUUAAUGACACCGGAUAAAAGUUCAUUAUAGCUUGUUUUAUCUCAGAAGACACUAGUUUUCGCUAAAGAAGCUGAUGGAUCCGUGAGGGCACUGCGUGCUAUUCAUUUUUCUGGCGUGUCUGAAUAUUAACUCUGGUGCUGAGUGGAUGUUUUAGGACAUUCACGCAUGAUUUAUGAUGGCAUUCUUCCAGCUUUAAAAGUUUGGAUUGUGUUUAUUUCGCAGUAGUUGCCGAGGCAGAAAGAAGUGCUGGGCCUUUGGCUAUAUAGGCAACAUAAAUAUUUUUCCGUUUUGUUUAUCCACGGUGCUUGCCUGCUUUAAAGUCCACCAUGUGCUGCCGAGCACCGCCGCUACAGCCAAGGCCAUGACCGUCCCCCAGCGGCGCCUGGCCGGUCUCUGGCCGUGGCUGCUCAUGGCGGCCCUGCAGGUGGUGCUGGGCCAGCCCGGCCUGGAGUCCGAGCGGCCUACCCUCAGAGCAGUCAUCAAGGUGACACUGCUGAAGCACGAGCCGACAGGGAAACCCAUCACUCUGGAAGGGGAGUUUGUGGGCGGAAGUGCCGGAUACGCGGAGGGAAAACUAAUGCAGUAUCACCCUUUGUCUCUGUGCAACACGAGUGAGGAUGAACGACAAGAGAGUGACUUUAUCGCCAUUGUCAAACUGGAGCUCAGGGUACACCGCUGUCUGCCACUGCACGAAAAGGUUCGCAUCGCACUGGAAAAUGGAGCUCAGGCUGUUAUCUUUGAUGUCAGUGAUGAUGCCAAAGCUGCUACUGACCUGAGAAAAAUUGACUCCCUUACCCAUCCAGUUGUACUGGUGGAGGCUGCAGAUGCUGAGAUGCUGAUGGGUUUAGUCAACAAGAAUGAGGAGGCCAAAGUUCAUAUUGAGGUUAUGGUGGAGCAGCUUAGAUGGCCACAUUAUGAUGUGGGUAUCCUGCUCACCAUUGUCAUGGCUAUUUUGACCAUUGCCCUAAUCAUUGCCUGCCGCUACAAGUGCAAGUCCAGCAGAACUUGGGACUCUGUCCAUCAGCAGACCAUGCGGGCCAUUAAUCGACUGGAGACCAAAACCUAUAGCUCUCAGGGCUGUUCAGGCUCUCAGCGCCACCAUGGGGCCUGGGGGUCAGCCAGCAGCUCCAACUCGAGCCCCGUCUGUGCCAUCUGCCUGGAUGAGUUCCAGGAUGGCCAGCAUCUGAGGAUCAUCUCCUGUGCUCAUGAGUUCCAUAAAGACUGCGUCGACCCCUGGCUGCUACAGCACCGCACCUGUCCUCUCUGCAUGCACAACAUCAUGCGGACAGAGCAGCAGCCCCAGAGGAACAGACUCCAGCAGAGUCCAGAGCAAAGCCAAGGCUUCCUGCACCCUCAGCCUUACAGCAGCCUGCACAACCACCCAUUCCCUCAGCAUGCUAUCCCCUUCUCUAUGAGGCCCCACUAUCCCCAUGGACCCUCAGGACCUUAUCCUUCUCUGGGUCAUUACAGUGGCUCUUCUUCCAUGGACACCCAAACAUUACGUCUCCUCACCAGCAGGCCACUUGGCUCCAGCUGUGGGUACCACCCUCAUGCAGAGGGUCCCGGAAGGCCCUACAGGAUUGGAGGUAACUGCAGGACUUCCAGUCAGCACUACAUGCAUCGUCGUUCCUGCCACAAUUAUCGCUCCUCCUGUCUGGCUCAGCACAGUGCGUCUAGCUCUAGACUGCACCACACUGCCUCUGUUACUCUUCAGACCUGUGGAGUGCCAGCCCUCAGCCGGCAAGACGGAGGCAGCUGCUCAGGUGGCAGCUACCACACAGAACGCAGCGGAUACUUAGCUGAUGGGCCAGCGAGUGAUUCCAGCUCAGGACCCUGCCAUGGUUCCUCCAGUGACUCAGUUCUCAAUUGUACUGAUGUUUCUCUGCAGGGAGUUUAUGGCAGCUGGUCCACAUUCCGUAGCUCUCUGAGUAGUGACUAUGACCCAUUGGUAUAUUAUGGGCCAGGGCCUGGGCAUGCUCCCCGGAGGAACAGCUUGGAGGCUGGUGUCCAGGCCCGGCCCAGGUCUCUGGAUUCUGUGGUGAACAAAGCUGGAUGCCCCGAAGAACAGCCACAGACUGUGUUCAGCCACAUCCACUACCACCGCCACAGACACCACCACUAUGAGGAGGGGGAGCACAACCAGGGCCCAAGAGGGGUCUCAGACGAGGAGCAGGGUGCUGCUGUUGCUGCUGCACCUACUGUUCUUGUCCUGGACAAAGACUCAACUGUGUGCUCUCCUAAACACAGCCCCUGCCAGUGGCCAAAGCCAGACCCCACAGAUCAGCCCAGCCCAGGACAAACAGAGUGUCAGGAUCAUGACCCCAGCAGCCCUAUAGUACCCCCUGUUGUCGUGUCUCCAGUCCCGUUACAGAUCCAACCACACUGCUGCCACCAGGGACAUGGGCACCCUCCCAUGCCUCUUGGGAGAGUGGGUGGCUGUGUUCUUGAUGGCCCCUCAGUUCGUUUCCACCAGAGCCUAGAUCUGCAGGAUGACCACAGCAUCCACAUUCAUUACGACCAGGGCCCAGGCUUCUGCUGCUCUCCUCCUGAGCUGCACCCUGCCUUGCUCCCUGUGCCUCUUGUUCUGGACUCUGGAGGAAUGGAGGACUGGCAUUGCUGUGCCAGGGCCCAUGUUGUUUGGCAAAAGCGGGUGCAGCAGACCCGCUCAGAGCCUCAGCUCUUGGGGCCUGGGACUUCUAUGGACAGACUACCUUGCAGGCUCCACCAUGGGCCUGCUGCUGACUGCAACACAGACAUUUGUUUAUACUGCCAAACAUUACAUCACAAUCAGG